AAGACCAAGGCGUGACAAGUGUAAUGUUAGGUGAUAAAGACUAGUGUAAUGUUAGGUGAUAAAGACUAGUAUAAUGUUAGGUGAUAAAGACUAGUAUAAUGUUAGGUGAUAAAGACUAGUGUAAUGUUAGGCGAUAAAGACUAGUGUAAUGUUAGGUGAUAAAGACUAGUGUAAUGUUAGGUGAAUGAAAGACUAGUAUAAUGUUAGGUGAUAAAGACUAGUGUAAUGUUAGGUGAUAAAGACUAGUGUAAUGUUAGGUGAUAAAGACUAGUAUAAUGUUAGGUGAUAAAGACUAGUGUAAUGUUAGGUGAUAAAGACUAGUGUAAUGUUAGGUGAUAAAGACUAGUGUAAUGUUAGGUGAUAAAGACUAGUAUAAUGUUAGGUGAUAAAGACUAGUAUAAUGUUAGGCGAUAAAGACUAGUAUAAUGUUAGGCGAUAAAGACUAGUAUAAUGUUAGGUGAUAAAGACUAGUAUAAUGUUAGGCGAUAAAGACUAGUAUAAUGUUAGGUGAUAAAGACUAGUAUAAUGUUAGGUGAAUGAAAGACUAGCUUUAGAGGAGAAAUGUUAGCUGGCUGUUAACGACUGAUAGGAGGCUGACUGACUGUGUUCAAAUAUUGUUGGUAAAUAAUGAAUUGGCCUACCGUCGUAUCUGAGCACUCAUGAUUAAUGAAUUGUAAUGCAAUAAAAAAGCAGCACGGACCACAGAUUAGUAUGUGAGGAACUGUGUGUGUGUUUGGGCUCCUGUGUGUGUGUGUGUGUGUGUUCAAACGCAGCCCCUUGUUUUGAUGAGAGAAACGGGGCUAUGGCGACAGAGUGAGGAGGAGGAGAGUACGAGAGGCGGAGCUUCGAUCCCUCCUCCAUUCAUUCUAUGUAAAUGCACUGCCGCCUGCUCGCGUUCGAUUGGUUGGCUCCCCGAACAGCUUUUCAGACAAACGAGAGAGCACAGGGAGGGAGAGAGACAUAGGAUAGGAGAGUGAUGCAGAGUGUGUUCUUAAAGGUCCUGUUCUAAUUAAGCCGGCAGGCUGCAGUGAGACGGACGAUCAGUCUGCGCGCCCCUUUCUCUCCCUCUUACCCCUGAGGUCCCAUUGUCAUCAUUAAUGUGUAUCCCAAACUGUCCAUGAAUUAUGGAGUAGUGAAGUCUCCAUAGAAAUAGUGCCUGUGGGGAACAGAUAGAUGGACGGAAGGACAGACAGAGAAAGAGAAGAGGGGGAUGAAGAACACAGCUGUAAGCCGCCACUGUGCUUCUUCUGCAGAGCGCAGGCUCAGUGAAUGUGAGAGAGGGAGCGGUGUGCCCUUCGCUGAACGGAUGAAUGGGAGAGGAGCAGAGGGAGGCUGAGCUUGGAGACAACACGUGCUUCACAGAGAGAGAGAGAGGAAGAAAGGCAGGGAGGACGAGAGAAGCUCGCCUACCGCUAUCACACUAGUUACGUCUGAGCUGCACCGACUUCCACCGGCAACAAACCAACACGGGGACAUGAAGAGGACGGGUCUGAUCUGAGCCCCAUAUAGAGGAGGAGCUGUAUGAAGUUCCUGUCUGGUCCCUGUCUGGUCCCCGGGCUGUUGAGUUCCUGUCUUUGUACCGACUGGCAGACAGACAGUGCCGUGCCGUGCUGGUCAUGCGUGUGGAAUGUAGCGCCGUGCCGUGCUGGUCAUGCGUGUGGAAUGUAACGUGGCCCCAUUGAGAAGAACAGAAAAAAAACAACUGCUGCUGAACCUUUCAUUUUCAGGAGGAAGUUACACUACAGUGUGAAUCAGGGAGGGACACUUUCUAAGUGGUACUAGAAGUCAAAGGAAAGACUGUUUAGGGUUUUGCACCAACCGGCAGAAACUUCAAGACUGCCGAGGCUUGAGGCAAACAGACGGUCUGAAAGAAAGGAGAGGUAUUUCUUCUGGAUGAUGACACUGCUCUGAAUGAAUCCUGCUGGACCAGAGGAGAGGGGGACGGGAGUAUGAGCUAACUCACCCUCACUAAUCCACCCCUAAAAGGUGCCUGUUCAUGUCCCCCGGUUCCUGGCACACCUUCUCUAUCUGUACCACAACCCCAGAGGAAGUAACCCUGUACUCCUAAAGAAGGGUGAAGCUUCCUGGAUAUAGACUCCACUGUGCGACUCUACAGCAGAAGCAACAUGGAUGACUCCAGUAUUCUCAGACGUAGGGGUCUGCAGAAGGAGCUCAGUCUUCCAAGGAGGGCCAGUUUCUGUCGGACCAGUAACAGGAAGAGCCUGAUUGUGACGUCCAGUACCUCUCCUACACUACCCAGACCACACUCACCACUACAUGGACACCCAGGGAGCAGCCCCCUGGACAGCCCCAGAAACUUCUCACCCAGCACGGCAGCACACUUCUCCUUCGUUCCAGCUCGCAGUCACGGGCACAGGGCUGACAGGACGGAUGGCAGACGCUGGUCUCUGGCCUCACUUCCCUCCUCUGGAUAUGGCACUAACACACCCAGCUCCACCGUCUCAUCAUCCUGUUCAUCCCAGGAGAAGCUGCACCAGCUGCCCUUCCAGCCCACGGCGGACGAGCUGCACUUCCUCACCAAGCACUUCAGCUCCGAGAGCAUCACAGACGAGGAUGAACGACACUCGCCCAUGCGCCCCCGCUCACGCAGCCUCAGCCCUGGUCGCUCACCCAUCUCUUUUGACCAUGAGGUCGUCAUGAUGAACCAUGUGUACAAGGAGCGCUUUCCCAAGGCCACGGCUCAAAUGGAGGACCGUCUGGCUGACUUCCUGUCGUCCUCGGCCCCUGACAAGGUGAUGCCCCUGGCCGACGGGGUCCUCAGCUUCAUCCACCACCAGGUCAUAGAGCUGUCCAGAGACUGCCUGGUUAAAAGCCGAGAGGGCUGCAUCACGUCACGCUACUUUUACGAACUGCAGGAGAACCUGGAGAAACUACUGCAAGAUGCUCACGAGCGCUCGGAGAGUGUGGAGGUUACCUUCGUCACCCAGCUGGUGAGGAAGCUGAUGAUGGUCAUCGCUCGUCCUGCACGCCUGUUAGAAUGUCUGGAGUUUGACCCAGAGGAGUUCUACCAUCUUUUGGAGGCAGCAGAGGGCCAUGCCAAGGAGGGCCAGGGCAUCAAGUCAGACAUCCCCCGCUACAUCAUCAGCCAGCUGGGUCUCACCAGAGAUCCUCUGGAGGAGAUGGCCCAGCUGAGCAGCUACGACAGUGGGAACCCAGACACACCAGAGACAGACGACGCUGUGGAUAGUCGAGGGGCCACCGUGCCUGUUGUAGCUCCCCCUAAAACCAAAGCCCCACGGGAGGAGGACUUUGAGAACAUCAAGCUCAUCAGCAACGGGGCCUAUGGUGCUGUGUUUCUGGUGCGCCACAAGGAGACCCGUCAGCGUUUUGCCAUGAAGAAGAUCAACAAGCAGAACCUCAUCCUGAGGAACCAGAUCCAACAGGCCUUCGUAGAGAGAGACAUCCUGACCUUCGCUGAGAACCCCUUUGUGGUCUCAAUGUUCUGCUCCUUCGAGACACGCAGACACCUCUGUAUGGUCAUGGAGUAUGUGGAGGGUGGUGACUGUGCCACCCUGCUGAAGAACAUCGGGGCGCUGCCCGUGGACAUGGCACGCAUGUACUUUGCUGAGACUGUACUGGCACUGGAGUACCUCCACAACUAUGGCAUCGUACACAGGGACCUGAAACCUGACAAUCUUCUGAUCACGUCGAUGGGCCACAUCAAGCUGACAGACUUUGGGCUGUCUAAGAUCGGUCUGAUGAGCCUCACCACCAACCUGUAUGAAGGACACAUAGAGAAAGAUACCAGGGAGUUCCUGGAUAAACAGGUGUGUGGUACACCAGAGUACAUCGCCCCAGAGGUGAUCCUCAGACAGGGCUAUGGGAAGCCAGUAGACUGGUGGGCCAUGGGGGUCAUCCUCUACGAAUUCCUGGUGGGCUGUGCCCCUUUCUUUGGAGACACACCUGAGGAGCUCUUUGGACAGGUCAUCAGUGAUGAGAUCAUAUGGCCAGAGGAGGAGGAGGCUCUUCCUAACGAUGCCCAGGACCUCAUCUCUAAACUCCUCAGACAGAACCCUCUGGAGAGGCUGGGCACAGGCAGUGCAUUUGAGGUGAAGCAGCAUCGGUUCUUCUAUAAUCUGGACUGGAACACGCUGCUGAGACAGAAGGCAGAGUUCAUCCCUCAGCUAGAGUCAGAGGACGACACCAGCUACUUUGACACCCGUUCAGACAGGUACCACCACUUGGACUCUGAAGAUGAAGACGACACCAUCGAUGACGAACACGUAGAGAUACGUCAGUUUUCCUCCUGCUCGCCCCGCUUCAGCAAGGUGUACAGCAGUAUGGAGCGUCUAUCCCUCCAUGAGGAGAAGAGGACCCCCCCGCCCACCAAGCGUAGCCUCAGUGAGGAGGGAGGAGAACGCAUUGACAGCCUCAGUAGUCUCAAGUCCAGAGACCGCAACUGGCUGGUGGGGUCACCUGAGAUCCUGCGUAAGCGUCUGUCUGUCUCAGAGUCGUCCCACACCGAGAGCGACUCCAGCCCUCCCCUGACGGUGCGAAGACGCUGCUGCUCCGCCAUCAUCGAGAUGCCGCGCUUCGCCAUCUCCUCAGAGGAGGAAGCAGGGGUGGCCCCCAGCUAUAGGAGCCCCAGCCUGCUCAGCCAGACCCCCGGUGGAGUCAGGGGCCCCCGCAGCGAGGACUUGCCCCUCUCCAUCCCUGAGCUUCCCGUGGAGAGAGAGCUGAAACUGGACGAGUCCCCCACAACACCAGACUCUACAGCCAGCCAGCUCAGCAAAGCCACACUCACACCGGGCAGUUCAGGAGAUGUGUGGGAGCGUGGUUCAGGGGCAGACAGCUCUCCCUCUACCCCUAAGGCCAUCAGUGACCUGGCAGCUAGGAGGGCCCGUCACAGACUGUUGUCUGGAGACUCAGACAGACACGCCCAGUCCAGACCACUCAACAAGGUCAUCAAGUCAGCCUCCGCUACCACUCUCUCACUCAUGAUUCCUGCUGACCACCACGGGGCCUCCCCAUUGGCCAGCCCCAUGUCACCCCACUCCUUCUCGUCCAAUCCCUCGUCCAGAGACUCCUCCCCCAGUAGAGACCUGUCCCCAGCCGUGGCCAACAUCAAACCCGCCAUCAUCAUCCACAAGGCGGGCAAGAAGUACGGCUUCACCCUGCGAGCCAUCAGGGUGUACAUGGGAGACACAGACAUCUACACAGUACAUCACAUGGUCUGGCAUGUAGAGGAGGGUGGUCCAGCCCAUGAUGCAGGGCUGAGAGAAGGAGACCUCAUCACUCAUGUGAAUGGAGAGGCUGUCCACGGCCUAGUGCACACUGAGGUGGUGGAACUCAUUCUCAAGAGCGGCGGUAAGGUGUCCAUCUCUGCCACGUCCUUUGAGAACACCUCCAUCAAGCUGGGCCCCGCCCGCAAGACCGGCUCCAAAUCUAAGAUGGCGCGUCGCAACAAGAAGACCAAGACCAAAGAUAGCAGCCAGGAAAGCAGCAGUAAGAAGAGGAACUCUCUGUUCAGGAAGAUCACUAAGCAGGCGUCUCUUCUCCACACCAGCCGUAGCCUUUCCUCUCUGACCCGCUCUCUGUCCUCUGGAGAGAGUGGACCUGGGUCCCCCACUCACAACCUGUCCCCUAGAUCACCUACACAGGGUUACCGGUCCACACCUGACUCUACACACUCUGUAGGGGGUAACUCGUCUCAGAGCAGCUCUCCCAGCUCCAGUGUUCCUAACUCCCCAGCAAGCUCCGGUCACAUCAGGCCCAGCUCCCUCCACGGCCUGGCCCCCAAGCUCCAGCGCCAGUAUCGCUCCCCUCGCCGCAAGUCAGCCGGCAACAUCCCUCUAUCCCCCCUGGCUCGCACCCCUUCCCCAACCCCACAGAGCACCUCCCCCCAGCGCUCUCCCUCCCCCCUGUCCAGCCACGGACUAGGCUCCACCUCAAUGGGUCAGAUCUUUCCCGUCAAGCUCCACUCUUCCCCCCCUCUGGUCAGGCAGAUCUCCAGGCCCAAGAGCGCUGAACACCCCCGCUCCCCACUGCUCAAGCGAGUCCAGUCUGCUGAGAAGCUAGCCUCCUCCCUCUCCUCCUCAUCGUCCUCCCCCUCUCCAUCAGGCGCCGGAGGCGACAAGAAGCUGCCUGUAACAGUGACAGGGCGUAAACACAGCCUGGACAUCUCCCACGCUGAGUUUAAGAAGGAGAUGCUUCAGAGAGACCCCAGUCUGCAGAGUCUCCAGGAAUCAGCUGGGGAGAGAGAGAGCCUACUGCUGGGGUUGGGGCCUGGGAUAGGGGGCCGUGGGGGGCCCGUGGAGAAGGGCAGCCUGCAAAAACCCUCCUCCAGCAGGAAGCUAGGACGUCAGGAGGGGGACGGAGGGUCGACUGCCGGGUCCCUGGGGCUGGCUCCCGGGAAGAGCAAACUGAAGGACAAGCUGUCAGCCAUCAGACAGGACCGGGCUGAGAGGAGGGAGUCACUACAGAAGCAGGAUGCUAUCCACGAGGUGGACUCAUCAGAGGACGAGACAGACGAGGGUUCAGAGGACAGUCAGGACGGGAGGGGCAGGAACACCUGCACCUUUACCCCCCCACUGCUCCGCCCCACCUCCGUCAUGCCCAUCGCCCCCCGUACAGGACCCGGGGGCACCCUCCCCUCCCUCUGUCUGUCCCCCUCCUCCACCCUGCUGCCAAGCAGAGCCACCAUACCCUCCACACUCCACGAACACAAGCCCACUCAGAGUGGUCCUUCGCUGGGAGGGAAAGACGGCGGCUCAGCCUCCUCGGAUGACUGUAGGCGGAGAGAUGGGAAGGCUCCAGACCCCAGCAGCAAGUUCACCCAGAGCCCCCUGUCCAGCACCUUCGCCACCCUCGGCAGUGCUUUCAUCUCCGUCAGCAAGGACACCUUCCUGAAGCCUGCUGCUUCAUCUCCCCAUCAGGACUGGAGGAGCCCCAAGUUGCUUGAGCCCAGGGGGAAGAGCAGUAGUUUAUGGAGCGAGGAGAGAGACUCUGGCCUGGAGGCCCCCAGAUCCAGCCCCACUGGGUCCAUAGACGGCAGAGACCUAGUCCCCACACCCAUCUCCUCCCCAGGCAUCACCAAGGAGAAGAAGGAGGCUGACAACCGGAGACAUGCUGCUGCUGCUGCCGCGGCGGCAGCCUACGCCACCCCCAGCCCCCCAGCCUCUCCAGCCUCAGUGUCAAGGUCAGAUAGUGGGGUGGACAAGGUGGUGUCACGUCUAGCCAAUGUAGCUCAUAGCGUCCUGGGGCCCGUCAAACUAACCAUCCCCGGGGCCAAGGAGGCCUUUGAGAGAGCCAAGGACCAGAAUCAGAGACACUCCGACCCCCCUCACCCCAAGGCCACACCUGACUCCCCCCUCGCCGCCACCACCACUCCCCUCUCCCCCUCCACCUUCAGACACCCUGCCCCUCAGCCACCACCCCGUCUGUCCUCCCAGUCUCCUCCCAGGCAGCCCUCCUCCAAAACUGAGCCAGCCCCCCCUCCCCCUCCACAGAGGAGGCUCUCCCCUCCUAAAGACUGUACCCUGGCCCAGGGCACCCAGGACACCAUGGAGAGGCCGGUGGUGGAGACUGCACCAAGGAAGGAGCCCACCACCACACCCAACCAGACACCUACUGCAGCCUCAGAGCAGCGCAAUAGGCCAGACCCCCUGGCCUCACAGAGACCCAGCCCAGUCUCCGCAGUCUCCACCCCGCAGGACAAAACCAGCAGCAAGAAGACGUAGCAGAUAAGACACCCAUGAGAAUAGAGACUGCUUGAUGGAGAUCUGAAUCUUUAUCCACAGACAACUGCAUGUUUGGAAGAAAACAACAUUCUUUUUGCAACUCACUAAUCAUUAUCUGAGAUCAUAGCCAUCUGAUGGAUGGAGGGAGGGAGAGAGAGGGAGGGAGAGAGAGGCCAUCUGAUGGAUGGAGGGAGGGAGAGAGAGGGAGAGCAUAGCCAUCUGAUGGAUGGAGGGAGGGAGAGCAUAGUCAUCUGAUGGAUGGAGGGUGGGAGAGAGGGAGGGAGGGAGAGAGAGAGAGGUAGAGAGAGAGGAGAGAGAGGGAGGGAGGGAGAGAGUGAGAGAGGGAGGGAGGGAGAGGAGAUAGAGAGAGGGAGAGAGAGAGGUGAUAGUUUGGGCCCUUACUAUGUGUUUCUGUAUUCCAGAGACAUCCAGAUUGGCUGUAGAUCUCUUGUUGUUCUUAUACUCCGUUUUUUCACGUUGAUUCAUGUUCCUGUGAAGUCGGUCUGCGUUUGUUUCUCUCUCUGCAAAGAAACAUGGGGGCUAGAAAUAAACAGUGUGAGUUCACUGAUCCACACGCACUGAGGAGAAAGGAUUAACAAAUACACACAAACAUCUCUAAUGGUAUUUUCUUAGUAUACUGCCUCGUUAGCUUUCACCUUGGAAGUUCCAGGCGUCUGACGUGUGACUAGUAUCAAGCCAAUAGAUCAGGUUGUGCCUUGUAAACAACACAGCCACCACUGCAACCCUCCUGCAUAUCUCCAGCCGUCCGUGGCUGAACAGGGUGUAACUCAGCAAUAAAAGUAGCAUAAGCUUAGCAAUCGGUAUAAAUACAUUACAGUCUGUUAAUGAAACCAUCUGCAUCGCCCACCUUUAACUCACUCAGCAGCCUCAGGCAAAUGGCAAUGUGCGUUAUUAUUCCCUCGUGGUCUAACGCUGCACUCUGUUUAACUGUUUAAUAGUGCAGACUAGCUAGAGAAUAUAACACUCUAUUCAUGUCGUGGCUGUCAGAAUGGCUAUUCAAGCAGUGUUUGUAGUUUAUCACAGAGCGUUCCAUGACAAUCUCUUUCCCUAUCCGCUCCAACGGCUAUUCGUGUGCUUGUCAGUGUAGCUAGCGUAUAGAAGCUAACCCUUCCAUGGCUCUACCUGGACCUGUCCGUGUAGCUAGCGUAUAGAAGCUAACCCUUCCAUGGCUCUACCUGGACCUGUCCGUGUAGCUAGCGUAUAGAAGCUAACCCUUCCAUGGCUCUACCUGGACCUGUCUGUGUAGCUAGCGUAUAGAAGCUAACCCUUCCAUGGCUCUACCUGGACCUGUCAGUGUAGCUAGCGUAUAGAAGCUAACCCUUCCAUGGCUCUACCUGGACCUGUCCGUGUAGCUAGCGUAUAGAAGCUAACCCUUCCAUGGCUCUACCUGGACCUGUCCGUGUAGCUAGCGUAUAGAAGCUAACCCUUCCAUGGCUCUACCUGGACCUGUCAGUGUAUCUACGGCAGUGUAUAGAGCUGUGUGAGGAUGUACGUGUUGUGGUAGCUAGGAUACUAGCCUAGCCGUUCACCUUGUAACUGCAUCAUAGCCUCACCAGAUCUAGAUCUCUAUGUCAGGGGACUUUCUAAUGAUAACAGAAUAGUGGGCGGUUCAUAGAACACCUUUACAUUGAGAUGGACUAUAGGUGAGAUGAGGAGGAAAGGAGGGACAGUGAUCUAGUCACAGACAACCUGGGGACACCUGAUCAAUCUGGUCUUAGCCUGGUUUGGUCAACUACACAGACAACCUGGGGACACCUGAUCAAUCUGGUCCUAGCCUGGUUUGAUCAACUACACAGACAACCUGGGGACACCUGAUCAAUCUGGUCCUAGCCUGGUUUGGUCAACUACACAGACAACCUGGGGACACCUGAUCAAUCUGGUCCUAGCCUGGUUUGGUCAACUACACAGACAAACAGUGUUGGGAUGACGAGAGUCAAGUAGUUAAGAUGAGGUAGAUCUAUUUAGAUAUUUGGGUUUGAGUACCGGGCAGCGGAUUGUUCCUGCUGCCCCUGAAACUCAAUUACCCAGACUCCUCAAACUCUGAGGCAGGAAGACUGCUCACACGUUUGUAUACAUGCUAGUUAGUAUAGGGCUGGGCAAUAUGUCGGAUUCAGUUGAUUAACUUGAAUGUAUGUCGCAGGAAUUGAGGUUUUAAUCUUUUUUGUUUUUAUGAGCGUUUGUCUUUUUGGUCUCGUAUCCUCUCCCCCCCCCCCCUUGCUGUGUGUACUGUGCACCUUCCCACUUGCACACAGACACCAAGCCCCUUCCCCUGUCACUCACAACCACAAAGACUAAAGAUCACAUCCUCUCUGACAAGCAGUUUCAACUCAUAUGGACACUGAAACACAUUGAGACAUUAAUUUACUGUAGUAGAGAAGUUAACCCUCUUUAUGUCUCAACUUCUCAAAUUACGCGUGGAGCAGACGCUACUAAAACCAGAGUAUAAUGAACAUUGCUUGAGAGAUUGCUUAUAUGAGACCUGUGUUAAUGUUCUAUAUUGCCUACUACAAGAAGUUGGUCAUUAUCAGUGAAUGUACAUUCUACAUGGUUCUGGUUACAUUUGGAACUAAAAGGGCAUUUUCAUAGACCGACUUGAAAGCCAGAAAAAAAAUCAGGUUAAACUAUUUUGAUUAAAAAAAGUAUAAAAUUAUGAAUGGGUCUUAUGGUUGUGGAAGGCUUUAGUAUAAUUUCACAAGUCCUGAAUUCAUUGGAUUAUAGCUGACUGUUUGAAAUGCAGUUUAUUUUACCUUUAAUUGUAUAAAAAAAAGCUUAGUUAGAGUAAAAAUUUAAAAAAAUCAAAUUGAGAUAUAUAUUGUGAAUGGCCAUAAGUUUGAAAAAGUCCAGAUCAGAUUUUUCGGGGAGAUGUGGCCAAGCUCUACGUAGUGUAGCAGUACAACAGUAGACACACUGGCCUUCAUGUAUAUUCUGACAACCAGUGGUCUCACCGUUGCCUUUAUUUCUAGCCCCUGUUCGCUCUGUUUUUAUCAGACACUUAAGGUUUGUUCAACUUGCUGUGUUCUCUCUGUGUUUUGCCUCUUAUCCUGUAAAGCUAACAGACUUUACUUUGUAUAUGCGUUCAAGACUGUGUGUGUUGUCAAGUGGCUGUCAGAUGUGUGUGUGUGUAUAUAUAUAUAGCAGACCUUUAAAUAUUCAUACAUAUAUAUAUGAAUAUUUAAAGGUCUGCAGUGUCUUUUUUACUCUGCCGUGUUGGGACUUGAGUGUGUUUUAGUUAGUGUAGACGUCUCAUAGUUAGUUACCCCUAUUAGUGCUGUCUGUCCCUGACUGAUAUCUCAGUUGGCCUAUAGGGUCGGGGAUGGGUCAGCAGGGGGGCGGGGCUUUGCACAACCCUUUUAUCGCUGUAUGUCAAAUGAAAAGCCAACUAAAUAAAAGGAAGGGCAAUCAGAUCCCUGGCUUUUAGGUCAGUCACAACGAUGUUGACCAAUCAGAAGUCUGAACUGACCGAACACCACUAUGAUCCUCCAGUCCCACUGCUACAUGUGAGGUUUUGUGGGUGUGGGCGUUCAUACUUGUGUGUAUUCCUGUGUGUGUGUUCCUGCGUGUGUGUGUUCCUGCGUGUGUGUGUGUGUGGCCGUUCAUUUGUGUGUCUUAGUUUGCAAAGUAAGGGGAUGUUGCCGUGUUGUAGAACUGGCUACCUGCAGCAUACAUACAUCACUUUGUUUCUGUGUGAGAGUUCAAAACUCCCUCGGGGUGUCCUGCAAGGUUUUGUGGCUGUUGGAGAUGUCAAAAAGAGCAGCUCAUUGGGAUGACUGACUGAGGGUGAGACAGGACUGGUGUCUAUAGAUACUAAAGAGAUCUGUGUUGUCAAUACCUAACCCCAGACAGACAGACAGACCACCCCACUGACAGACUGUGGCUAGCGAUUUCUGUCAUGUGUUUCAAUGUUGUUCAAUCGUCCUCAAUGCUACUAGAAAUCAACCUCUGUAACAGGCAGUGAUACUUAUUCAUGUCAACAGCUUUCCACACUGUAAAGUUACCCUGGAUCAUAUCCGUGUGACUGGUUUGUUAUGGCCUUUACAUAUUAUUCAUGUAACCUAACCACUGACAAUGUUCAUGAGGAGGAACAUUGUGCAUAUAAUGUUUAGAGGUUCGGCCAUGGUCAAAAGUAGUGCACUAUAUAGGAAAUAAGGGGACGUUUCCUAAAUCACCUGCGGUGUGAAUAGUGGUAUCCUCUAGUGCAGAAGGAUAGAGGGUAGGUAAUGUGAGGUGUAGGCCCUAAGUCCUCCCAGAGAAAAGCUGUCAUUUGUCACUGGGACAGAUCGGCCAAGCUUAGCGUUGGGAUUUAACAACUCUGCUGUAGCCAAUCAAUCAACCCCAGACUGAGAGAGCAUCUCCUCAUUGGCUGAAUAUGUCAGGUGACUCAAAUUGUCAUCCUCCAUUUGUUUCUGUGUGUUGAGGGUUAUUUUAUAUCAGCCAGAGUCAUGAUUUGAAAGACAAGUCUCUGUGGCGUUCCCCAUUUGAUAGUAAAUUAAUGUUGUUCACUUGGCCCCUGCACAUCGAAUGACUAUAGUCCCAAAACUGAUCUGAAGUUCUGAUUUGAUAUGGGUCAUCCCUAUAAGAAUAGUUUCUACAGUGUGUAUUGUGUUGUAUGUCAUCUCAUCUGGACUAUACUGGUGGCCCUGUUGUUAUUGCUGCUUGGACAGCUGCUACUCUCUCUGACCCAAUCCGAGUGCCAUCCUCCACAGCCCGGCGCCAGCCUGACCAUCCCUGACAUUCACUGUUGUAUCACACAAACAUCGUCAGUAAUGAUGCUGAUCCAGCCAUCUGUCAGAGAGUGAAGUCAAGUGUUAGUUUCCCUGGUGGAGUAAUUCAUCUCUAGCCCUGGGCUGUUGGCUGCUCCCAACACACACCCACACACACCACACACAAAGCAAUUUCAGCCAAACAAAACACUACCUACCCCCUAGUCUGGACCCAUCACCUCCAAUGUUCAGUUAGGCCCACCAGAGCCUGAAGCCACGGUAGCUCCCCACUGUAGGGCUGUCCCUCUCUCUCUCUCUCUCUCUCUCUCUCUCUGUUAACCCUGUGGGUAACCUCCACCCUGGACUUUAGCCUCACUACAUCUCUACAGACAGAUCCAUACAGUAUGUGUUUUUAUUGUAGCCACAGUAUGCGUUGUGUGUUAAAGCCCAUAGCGAUGGUAGGGCUGUCUGUGUGCAGAGACCAAUGCCACUGAACUGAGGGAAGAGGAGACUGUUGACUUCAUAUUAUGGACUUGACUCCCCAGUGUUUAGGCAGUAUUUUAAAGACUGUGUGAGAGAGAUCCUGUGUGUGUGUGUGUGUGUGUGUACAGUGUGUGUCUGAAGUGUGAAGGAGAGGAGAUCUGUCUGAAAAGGGUGAAGAGAGAUCCUGUGUGUGUGUCUGAAGUGUGAAGGAGAGGAGAUCUGUCUGAAAAGGGUGAAGAGAGAUUGCUACAGUAAAACCAGUGCAAUAUCUUUUAAUUUUUUAUUGUGGUUAAACGCAUGUUGUUGUUAAUCCUACAUUAUCAUAAUAAUAAAGGUUUUUUUAUGUAUA